AUGCUAGUGCAGGUUGAUCACCUAAUGCCUCAUGGCUUCCUAUUCAUCUUCCUAUUCUCUUCCAUUAUAUCUACCAAUAUUAUUCAUGCAUGCAACCAAACCGAAAGCAGCUCCCUCCUGUCCUUCAUCCUCAGUCUGUCUUCUCCUCCUUUAAAUUGGACUUCCCUUGAUUGUUGCCGUUGGGAGGGCAUUAGUUGUAAUCACGAUGGUUGGGUCACCGAUGUGGACUUACCCUCCAAAGGACUCAAAGGAGGUAACUUUCCCUUGUCACUUAGAAAUCUCACACAUCUCAGCAAUCACUUCUAUGGUGUAAUUCCAUCUUCGUUUUUCCAAGAAGCUAGGAAUUUGACUAGUUUCAGCGUCAGCAACAACACCUUCUCAGGUUCUAUCCCAUCCACCAUUUGUCUUCAUUCUUCUCCCUUGAUUAAGCUAUUGACUUUUUCACUCAAUAAAUUCAGUGGCAAUAUAUCUCCUGGACUAGGGCAGUGUCUCCAACUGCAGGUUUUUCAUGCUGGUUACAAUAACCUCUCAGGAUUACUUCCAGAAGAUAUAUAUAAUGCCACCACACUUGAACAAAUUGCAUUACCUGCUAAUUCACUUUAUGGAGCCAUUAGUGAUAGAAUUGUGAACCUCACCAUUCUCACUAUCCUUGAUCUCAACUCUAACGGUUUUAGUGGCUUGCUUCCUGCUAAUAUUGGGAAGCUCUCCAAUUUGAAACUCAUGCUCCUUUAUGCCAACAAACUAGAAGGUUUGCUGCCGUCAUCAUUGAUGAAUUGUACAAAACUUACAGAGUUGAGUCUGCGAUUCAACAACUUUGAAGGAGACAUCUCUGCUAUUAAUUUCUCCAGGUUUAGUCAACUUAGUAAACUUGAUCUAAUGAAUAACAACUUCACUGGUAUGUUGCCAACAAGCAUUUACUCAUGCAAGUCACUUAAAGCAAUUCGACUGAGCAUUAACCAUCUCAAAGGACAAAUACAACCUGAGAUCCUUUCACUAAAAUAUCUGUCCUUCCUCUCGCUUGGUUUUAACUCACUGACAAAUGUAACAGGGGCAAUGAAAAUACUGAUGCGAUGCGAAAGUCUCGUAUUCCUGUCAUUGACAUCUAGUUUUGUAGGUGAGGAUAUGCCCUCUGAUGAGGGCAUAGUUGAAUUUGAUGGAUUCCAAAAGCUUCGACUUUUGGAUUUAAGUCAUUGUGAGUUCUCUGGACAAAUACCGGUAUGGUUAUCUAAACUAAAGAAGCUAGAGUUCUUGAAUCUGUUUCAUAACAGAAUCACAGGGUCAAUUCCUAGUUGGUUGGGAACUCUUCCAAGUCUCUUGUAUUUAGACUUGUCAUUCAACCAAAUUUCAGGUGAAUUUCCAAAGGAACUUUGCAGACUUCCAAUGUUGGCAUCGGAACAAACUGCAGCUCAACUAGAUCGGGGAUAUCUUGAAUUGCCUAUGUUCGCCUCAAUACCCCUGAUUUUAGCCAAAGAUACAAAUUACAACUUUCUGUCUUAUGCACAUGCUUUACAGUACAACUAUUUGUCUCACCUUGCACCGUCCAUAUUCCUAUACAACAAUAGCAUCAGUGGCAGCAUACCUACCGAGAUAGGCCGAUUGCAGCUUCUCCAUGUGUUGUAUCUUGGUGUCAACAACUUCUCUGGCAGCAUUCCGGACCAAAUAUCCAACCUAAAAAACUUGGAGAUAUUGGACGUCUCCGUGAAUCAUUUGUCUGGAAAACUCCCAGCGUCAUUGGCAAGCCUCAAUUUCUUGAAAUCUUUUAAUGUCUCAUACAAUAAUCUGGAAGGACCAAUACCAAGAAGCACUCAGCUCCAGAGCUUCAACGCCUCUGUAUUUGAGGGAAAUCCUAAACUUUGUGGUGCCCCACUUCCAAAUGAGUGCAGAUCAAUUAAUGGCGUUGGCGGAGAUAAUAACAACCAUCAAGAUGAGGAUCAGAAUGGGCAUCAAAUUCCAUGGUUUUAUAUUUCUGUGUUGCUUGGGUUCAUUAUAGGAUUCUGGGGAGUGUUUGGUCCUUUAAUGGUUAAGAAGACGUGGCGAUAUGCAUGUUUUCAAGCCCUAGGCAAAGUGCAAGACAGGCUCAUCACCGUGUGGAUGACCAGGAUGCAGAGAAGACUUAGAAGCUAAAUUCUACUUUUGGAUCUUUUACUUUCCUGCUCCUGUUGCUUUUUUCUUUUUCUUUUAUGUUAAUAUAGCAAUAAUAUAUGGUAUAAGUUAUGGCUCA